CUCAACCAGUCCAAGACUCCGACUGGAUAGACUGGAUCUUUAUAGAAACUUUGAGCAGAUUGGCUAGCUGGACCUGCAUUCUGAAUGCAGCCAUAUCGCUCCUCGACCCAGAAUCGACCUGCAUCGCUGCGCCUCAAGUCACAGCGGAAAUGAUCGUGCCAUCUAACGACAAUCUCUGGCGAGCACCUUCGGGUGAAGAAUGGGCCCGAAACAAAGAGUGGCAAGCGUAUAGGCCCGUCAAUCUAGUCGAAACUUCGAGACGAGUGUUCAUCGGCGAGUUUCCCACGGUCACCAUAAGUUCUUUUGGCCUCCUCACGUUGAUCGGGGCUCUCGUAGCAAACAUCUGCGCCAGAGAGCGCUACUCUCCCGAAAUGGCUCCCAUUCUUGAUCGGGAAUACUGCACUCAGAUGGAGCGAAGCCUUCAAGGGUGGGAGAAUCUCUGGCGCAGUCACCCGUAUGCUGAACAUGUCACCAAUAGACAAAAUGAUCCCUUGAUGGCUGACUGUCUAGAUCUGCUGAGCUCUGCUUAUCAUCAUCUUUACAUGGGCCAGGAGCUUCAGAUCUUGAAGAGAAUUGCGAAGGAGCCCAGAUGUCACUUGCAACCCCCCUCUCUUCCAACUAACACGAAAUUUCUGGUUGUUAUCAAGUACGCUACCACUGCUUGGUUGGCGAAUACCAAGAUAGCUCAUGUGCAGCGCAAAGCGGCACUGGAGUUUGGUGGUCUUGGCCCAAUGGCAGCUUAUGAGACUGCGCUGAUUAUCUUGUGGUGGCUGAGUCUUCGGCAAAAUCUUAUAUCGCCGAAUCCUGGCUACGCCCCGGUGGACGAGAAGGAGGGCUUGGGAAAUAUCAAUCAGAUACUCAAAGACAUCGUACAGGAACUAGAUGAACAAGGCAUUCCGGGCGAUGGAGACCGGUCGGAUAUGGCUUCCCGAGCCUUGUUUCACUAUCAGGUAAUGUUGGAGCAAUGGGUGUGGCCAUACACGAACUCCAUGUCCCAAACCCUGCAAGCUUUUGCAUCUCGAUUGUGCCUGGGGGAGGCCUGAAGUCCGACUUACUGCGGCUCAAACGGAGAACUUUUGGCAAUUGGAACUUUACCCAUUCGAGAGAAUAUGACGUGGGGUGGCUGUAUGUUGCACCGAUGGGGGAAAGAAUGCAGUGCACCCUAGGUAUCACGCAGGUUCAACGGCUUCUCAAACAAAAGUUCCCAACGUUUCCCACCAACGCCGAUAGUACCCUUGCUGAAACAUAAUGGGUGGUCCACAAAAUACUGGAAGUGGUCCUCCGGCAGCGUUGACGGAUCGAAAAACGGAGACAAUAAACAAAUCAG